AAUAUACAACUGUGCUUGUCCAGAAUAUACUCUAUUCUCUUUGGAGGAAUUUAAUAAGCAUCUGCUUUAUAUUUUACAAAAAAUCAAUUAAAAUAUACAGAGAACCUCCCGCAUAAUGGACAAAAACAGUGCUGCCUUAGUAAAGAAACUACAAUCCGAAUUGGAAGUCUAUCAAAACUUGCAAAAAACAUGCAUGAAGUUGGUGAAGCAGCGUACAUUGUUGGAAAGCCAGUUGAAUGAGAACAAGUGCGUCUUGGAUGAAUUGAACCUAUUGGCUCCGGACAAUAAAGUUUACAAAUUAUAUGGACCGGUUUUGGUGAAGCAAGAGCUCGAAGAAUCUCGUCAAAAUGUAGGAAAACGUAUUGAAUACAUUUCCAAAGAGUUGAAGAGCUCAACAGAUACCUUGGAGAGUGUGGAAAAGGAUAUGGCCAAACAUCGCGAAUCAGUACAAAAAUUACAACAACAAUACCAAGUUGCUUUGGCAAUGAAGUAAACUGAACGUGCACAAUCUGUAUUUACUAAGCUAUAUAAUCGGCAAAUGAUUAAAAAAUUAAAAACUCAAAAAAUAAAACAUGUAAUUCAAUAA